AUGGACAACCCGGGGAGCGGUUGUUGGAUUAUAGUUGAGAUGGCAUGCAGGAUUCUUGGCAUUUCCACUGCCACAGUGUUGUGUGCUGUAGGAGUGGAGACCCUACAACAGGGAGACUUCAACAGCCUCGGCAUCUAUCUGCUAGUCUCCUCCGUUGGCAUCAUGAUAUUUGAGUUGGCCUAUUUCCUGGAUGCACUUUUGCUCGUGUGCCUGCCUUGUCCUCCAGACUGUAAACUCUUUACAUUGUGGGGAAAGAUGGCUCAGGUUGGAGGCUUCCAUAAGUUCCUCUAUUAUUCCAUAAUGUCUGUGGUGUGUUUCCUGCAUCCUGUGUUGGUGUGGCAUGCAAUAAUUCCAGGGACAAUGCUUCUCGUGACUGCCUCGUUCAACUUCAUACUCAGCAAGAAAACAAAGACCGAAUCCCACAAAAGACCGCAGGAGACUUAUACCAGCCAAGGCCCCACCACGGUCUACGUGACAGAGGGGGUCGCCUCGGACAGCACGGUCUCCUUCCUUCACGCGGUGAUGGGAAAAAGAGUUGCCCUAGCAACAAGGAACGAGUCCCACGGCCUGGCCGAGAUCGCAGGAGGCAGCUUCCAGGCCGUGCGGGAGCUGGAGCGUGCGCCAAAAGAUGGGAAGAAGAAGGACAUGAGACCCACGUGGAUGAGAGCUCGGAAGGAGGUGGUGGAGAGAGAGAUGGAGGAAAUGAGAGAGCUUGGGGAUUCCGAGCCAGAAACUACCUCAGACACUGCUCCUAUGAUCACUUGAUUGAUGCUUUUACUGCGCUCCAUACACGCAAACCAUUGUAUACUGUACUACUGUACUGGAAAUCAA